GAGACAGCAGCCCGCUUCACCCAGCUGUUGGGCUGUUGCCACACCAUCUCAUUGGGGAAGGCGUGUCAGUCCCCGAAUUACUCAGAGCCCCUUUGUCCUCAAUCAGUGCCCAGCCUGCGACACUCAUGGCGGCAGCACCCGUCAGGCAGCGCUGCGGCACAGGGGGGCCCCGGUCGCAGCUGCCACCCUGCUACUUCGAGGGCUACCUGGAGAAGCGAGGGCCGAAGGAAAAGGCUUCCAGAAGGCUUUGGACCUGCCUUUGUGGAAACUCUUUGUAUUUCUUCAAUAAUGCCAAGGACGCUCAUUAUGUGGACAAGCUGGACCUCAGCGGGUUUGUAUCCCUCAAAGAUGACAGCAGCCGUGACAGAAACCUGGAAGCAGCAAGACUCAUUCUGCGCAUGAAGGAUGGAGAAAUCAAACUCACAGCACCAAACUUAGAGGCCCGGGAGCUGUGGAAGGGUUUCCUCUACUCUGUUAUAGAUCUGAAUGUCCCAUCCAGUCUCACGUUACUGCCAGGGCAGCUCCAAAUACUGAAGGAGGUGGUAGAAAAAGAAAGGAACAGACGGAGAACUCGCAAUCCUGGGCGAGCUCCUCCUUCGCCCCUCUCUGUUCCUUUAGUGGGAGAGAUCCCAGCGUGUUUUCGUCCAGUGUCGCGCACAGAAGCUGAGGUCCUUUUGGAAAGACACCCGGACUGUGGCAACAUGCUCCUCCGUCCAGGCCGGGAUGGAUGCUCUCUGGCUGUCACUACCCGACAGGAUCUCAAUGGGUCCGUGUUCAGACAUUACAGAGUCACUCAGAGGGACCAAGGUGGUUAUGUUAUUGAUGUAGAAAAUCCUAUUCCCUGUGCAACACUACAUGAUGUCAUUGACGCCUUGGUUGAGAAGACAGCAGGCACUCUGCAACCAUUUCUUCUGGAGGAGCCUUACGAGGAGAAUAUCACAUAUGUUUCUGCUAAUGAUGAAAAUGGAGAAAAGAUCCUCCAUACUGCCCCCUCCUGCCCCCUACCCAGGGUCCCUGCUCUGCCUCCAAAACAAGAUCGUUGGUGCACUAGCCCUCUGUCCCGGUCCCCGGCUGCGGAUCGUCGUACCCUGACCUCACCGGUGCCGGCCUCGCCCACCAACCCGAUGAGGCGACUUAUCCUGUCCCCUUCACCUCUCACCCAGACACUGAAUGAGGAGCUCAAAAUGACACUGGAAAAGAGAAGAACCAGUCAGGACUGACAUGAGGAAGAUCUUCCAACCUCUUUACACAGCAGCUUCAGCACGUUCUCAACCGGUGCCUUUUUAGUGGAAGACAAGUCGCUAGAAAGCCUCAGCUUUGUCUUAGGGCUUAAAGGGGAUAAAACAACUCGUCUCAUAAAAUGGUGCUAGCCUUUUGCUUUAUCUGCAUACAUCCAGCUUUUCACAACUGCCUCUAAGACCAAUCAUAGUGCCACAACAACUCUGAACCUGCUGGCACAUAACAGACCACUAGCUGAGCCCAUUGUUUCCCCAUCUGAGCCUUUCUCCGGCUGGCAAGCUGCUAACAUUUCUGCCAUUGAACGUAUAAAAACACCACGGACUGCUAAGAUUUCCACCAGAGCAGCUAAAAGUCUCAUCUCAGAUGCUUUAUCUGCAACAGGUGACUUCUGUUUUUAGCCCAGAAUCUUUCUUCCUGCUACCACUGAUAACAAGACUGAGGAAAUUAAUCCAGGUCAAACUUGACAAAAUCUGAAUUCUGCACAUCGUCUGCAUUUUGCUCCAAGAUCUUAAUAAGAUUGAUGAACAAGUUUUACCAUGUUUGUUGACAGUGAUUGUUCUCAUUCUCCACUCCACUGUAAGUGUGCCACUGAUCAAUUUCUUACCUGCUUGACUUGUCUGCUACUGUAUCGGUUCUGUUGUGUGAUGCUUUGUUCCCAACUUCUCAGCCAUUCCUGUACAAUUUAGCCCAUUUCUCUUCCUCCACCAGAAAAGUCACAAUCUGCCCUCUGGUGUAUUGGCUGUACAUCAAAGCGACAAAAACGUCAUCAGCACAUCAUCUCUUCAGAAGCACAAGUGCCUGAUGAGUCUUUUUUAACAGUAUUAUGUUACACUCUAUUUCUCUAACUUAUUAAAUCUGAUGGUGCUUACAUGUAAAGUGUUUUGCUCUCGUAUAUGACAUGUCUGCCUUUCUCCCUUCCCUCCAGAUUAGUAUCAAACUGUGAACAACUAACUCAUAAGUGUCUUCAUACAAUGGACAAUUUAUUGAAUGUUUGUACAUAGGUUGUUGUGCCUACUUAUUAUUAUUAUUAAAGAAAUGUGUUUGAUAAGUA